AGACCCGAGUCAUGGCGGACGGUAGCAACGCGGUGCAGGCCCGCGCGCUCCUGCAGCAAUGCUUGCACGCUCACCUGCAAGUGCGCCCGGCCGACGGGGACGCCGCGGCGCAGUGGGUGGAGAUCCAGAGAGGAUUAGUGAUCUAUGUUUGCUUCUUCAAGGGAGCGGACAAAGAACUUCUUCCCAAAAUGGUGAAUACGCUGUUAAAUGUGAAAUUAAGUGAAACAGAAACCGGCAAGCACGUCUCCAUCCUGGACCUGCCUGGUGACGUUCUCAUCAUCCCUCAGGCCACCCUCGGGGGCAGAGUGAAGGGAAGAAGCAUGCAGUACCACUCCAACUCCGGGAAGGAGGAAGGCCUCGAGCUGUACUCCCAGUUCGUGGGUCUGUGUGAAAAAGCGCUCGCCGCCAACAGCAAGUGCGCCGAAGCCGGGGUUGUAGUGGCCCACGGCACCUACGGGAACAGGCAGGUGUUGAAGCUGGACACCAAUGGACCGUACACGCACCUAAUUGAGUUCUGAAAGAUCCGUUUCCACAGCUGCUGCCUGGUAUAAAGGGCUUGAACUCUACUUAGGUUUUCUCCCCUUCAUCUUGAAGACACAGAUCUGUAACAUGUUUACACAAGAAAAUCCUGCAUCCAAGCUGCGUAUAGUGCCACAUUCCUCUCUUCCCAGCGCCUGGGAGGCAGAGACAGGCAGAUUUCUGUCACUUGAGGCCAUCUUGCUCUACAUAGCGAGCUCAAGGACAGCCAGGGCUGUCAAGAGACCCUGUCUCAAAAAAAGAAAUUGGGAACAUAAGUGAGUCACUUGUAAAAGGCAACACUGGUUUUUGCAAACUCCUCUACUUGACUUUAAAAUACAUUUUUUAAGAGUGAAAACUAGAGUGUAGCAGUGACUAGGGAGUUCUUGCUGCUCUUCCAGAGGAGCUGGAUUCAGUGCCCAGCAUGGAAGGCUCCUAACAGUCUGUACCUAAAGAUCUAGGGGAUUGGAGAGUUCCCACAUGCACAUAGCAUAUAAAAUUAAUAAAAAUAAAUAUUAGAAACUUAAAAGUAUUUUUAAAGUGAAAAAUGAAUAUUUCUAAUUACCAGAAUUAGAAGUCUAAGGCAGCUGCUGGAACCUUCCUGGCGUCUCAGACUUCCCUUGGUCUGUUCUGAUACUUUAAAUUCCUAUUGCACACACACCCCAAAAUCCCUUUUUUAUGGCUUUCCUGUACUGUUCUAUUUUGGAACUUAAGAAUCAAUAACUUGAGCUCAUUAUCCUUAACUUUUGUUUUAUUGAUUCACAAUACAGUUGUUGAAAUGUAAUAAACUAUUCAUAAGCUUAGAAACCCCACUUUUCCCUAAAUUUUCUCCAAGGACAUGUGCAUGUCUUUCAAAAAGAUUACAUUAUUUACUUUAAAUCGUUUUGACUUUAUGCCCAGGUAAAAUGCUGACUCACAGCCCUAGAUGGAGUUCAAGUAAUUCUCCGUACAAAAACUGCCUGAGAUGCUUAUGGAGAAAGGUACUCCCAAGUUCAUGGAUGGCAGAUAGGGGAAAGCAGGAAAAGUAAUAGACUUGGAAAUGACUUCACCUUAGCUUUUGAUAGCUUUUUUUUUU